AUGUCCGCCGCUGAUAUUCGCGCAAUGGCCGAGGCCAUAUACAACGACCUGCUUGCCGACAGCGUGCUGAGCACCACCAUUGAGGCGCACCGCGAGAUCAAGCGUGGCCAGGUCGUCUGCGCGACGUGUGGUACAAGAUGCCGUGCUCACGUCCCCAUCAACCCCAUUGCAUCGGGCCAAUCGUCUGCAGCGGCGUCGCGUGAAGCGUCGCCGAUCAAGGUCCCAUCUACCCGGCCAAAUGGGUACACUGUUGGGCCUGAGAAGGGGACCGGAGGCGGUACGGGCAUUGGAUCUGGCAGCGGCCGCGUCGACGCCAGCGGCAACGCCUUCUUCGACUGCCUUGUCUGUGGACGCAGUAUUACAUCGUCGCGCUAUGCCCCGCAUCUCGCCUCAUGCCUAGGAUACUCGGGGAGCACGCGUCGUGGAGCGUCGCGCAUGGCAGCUGCAAAGGCCCGUCUGGGCGCCAACGACCGCGCCAGCCCGUCCCCAUACCUCGCGAGCGACAUUGACAGCGAUGCUGACAGCAACAGCGGCAAACGGAAGAAACUGAACGGUUCGUUGGCCAAGCGCGCCGCCUCGCCCACCAAAGUGUUCAAGAAGAAACACAUGGCACACUCGGGCAGUGCCCCGCCGGCCUCGAAACCGCACCCCCCGUCCCGCCUGGGUCGACCACCCAUCAAGGCCCACUCUGCCUCGCCGUACUCGCCCGACAGCAAGCCCGGCAAGACUGCCUCGCCGGCGCCGUCGUUCCGCGCCUCGGCCUCGGCCGCGGCAGCUGCCUCAGCAGCGCGCGAAAGCAGCGUCGCAUCGUCUGCGAGGGCUGGAAGUGUCGGCUCGGCGGGAUCCGGGGUGGGGUCUGGAGCCUCGGGGACCAGUGCGGGUACGGCCAAUACGGGUACGCGUGGCGGCAAGACUUUGCCAGGCAUGAACAAUGGUCCCGGUGUCAGUGGACAGGUUAGUCGGCAGGGGAGCGCGAUGCCGGAGCACCCUGGCGACGAGAGUAGUGAGGCCGAUGACGAUUACUAG